GCCAAGCCCGGCCCGGGGCGCUGCCCCUCAGCGCUCUUCCCAGGCCCCCCCCCGAGCACAGGGCCCCCCCGGGAGGCCAGGCCAGGCCAGGCCAUGUUGGGAACCGCUUCAAGCCAGGCGGUGCUGCCCCCCCAGCCCCCCUAGUUCCAGCACCUAUGGAGGCAGGAUCAGGCCCGUUGUUUAGAAUGAGGGGCCAGAUCUCCCUUUGGGGAGAUUUCACCUGGGUUGCGGUUUGCCCCUUCGCAUCGAAAAGGCUGGGGGAAUAAUCCCUCCAACAUGGCAAAUGUCCCAGGGUCGUCCUCAAGGAGCCCUUACGUGUCCUUGCUGUGCUCCCAAAGCCGGCUCCAUGGCAGAGUGGCUCCUUGGGAGCCAUGUUACCAGAGAAUCAGCCUGCCCGUGGAAUCAGACUUGGCUAGACUUGUACAGUCCUGGAGCUGCCUUACUCCCGGCUGCUGGUGGGAAGAUGAGGAACUUCCAUGCAGGCUCACCCACUUCACCACACCUACCCAUCCAGUGUCCUCCGGCUCCUACCACGGCGUGGACCCCAGACUUGUGCAGUGAGUCCUGCAGGGUCUGGAUGGAGGGAAGGGAAAGUGCCACAGAGGUAGCUGAUAUCCCGUCUCCUACAGGGCAGAGGGAUAUUUGUACAUGGAGCGUCUCCUUUGCACAUGGAUCAGAGGGGUUUGAUCCAACUCACUGUUAGGGGAUAUGUUAUAGAAUGAUAGAAUAUCAGGGUUGGAAGGGACCUCAGGAGGUCAUCUAGGCCAACCCCCUGCUCAAAGCAGGACCAAUCCCCAAUUUUUGCCCCAGAUCCCUAAAUGGCCCCCUCAAGGAUUGAAGUCACAACCCUGGGUUAUAGUAUAACAAUAAUAAUACACAGCCUGUAAUGGAAUGUACUUUAUAAGGACCCCCCCAGGCUAGCGCUACCCUGUUACAGGAUGGAACAAUGCCUGUGAAACCAAAGACUAUUUCCGGGGGAGGAAAUAGUCUUAGGGAGUUUGGGGUGUGGAAAAACCAUUGCUGCUAAUUCUAUUUAGGUCUCAAGGCCCGAGUCCCCAAGCCAGUUCCAUGAGCCGGAACCCACCUCAGCCCCAGUGAAGAAGAGUCAAGCAGUUCUGAGGAAUGGGGCAGUGGGGAGUAAAUCUAUUUCAUUAAGGAGAUUGCGGUGGUGGGGAACGGAGGACAUGCCUCACUGCUGUGACUAGGGUAGGACUUGGCGACUCCCACAUUUGUUAAUCCUGUUUGGUUGGAGAAAGGCCAUGUCUAUACCUACAGGCAUGACAGGGGCACAGCUACCAGCGCCAUAGCUAGGCCACUGGAGCCCUGUAGUGUAAAUGCAGACUGCAGUGACAGAAAGUGGUUUCCUGUUGAUGUAGGUAAUCCACCUCCUCGAGCAACGGUCGCUAGGUUGACAGAACCAUUCUUCCAUCGACCUAGUUGUGUUUGGAUCGGCGGUUAGGUUGACAUAGCUACAGCACUCAGGAGUGUGGAUUUUUCAUUCCUUUGAGCACUAUAGCUGUGUUUUAUGUGUAGAUCAGGCUAAAUUUUACUGCAGAACUGGAUUAUAUGUGGCCAGAUUAAGAAAUCCCUUUUGAGUGCAUCUGAAAUGUUCUUUCUGGCCUGUUUUUGAAAACAAACAAACUGCCUUCCCCGCCAGUCACAUAUACCCAUCCAAGCAAAUUAAAAUAGAAAAACCUCUGGGAAACCAGAAAACCACUCUACAAAACAAAUAAACCCUUUCAGGCUUCCUUGACCCAUCACAGAGAGACGUAAAAGGACACAAGCUCAAAUUUGUUUUCCUUUGCAAGUCACCCUUUAAGAAACUGUCUACAGAACAGUGAGCAGUUUUCAAACUUGCAUAUUUGUUCCGGCCGCAUUUGACUCAAACUUUGUUGUGCCAGCCCCAGGUGUUCAACAAUCAUAAGUCAAAAUAUCACGAGAGUGGCUUAAAAAUCAUGGGAUUUCAAAAGAUAAUAUAUUUGAGGUUCUUUUAAUUUCUCUUCUGGUUUCUAACCUUUCUACUCCGGUCAUGAUUUUAGGCUUUUUUCACAACCACAGGGGCUAGGAACUUUUUUUUUUUUUUUUUUUUUUAAAGGGAGCUAAGGGCUGGUCUAAAAUACAAAGUUAGGUUGGCUCAACUGCAUGGUUCAGGGCUGUGAAAUAUUUAAUGUCCUGUGCAAUGUAAUUAAAGCCAACCUAAGACUUGGUGUAGACACUGCUAGGUUGACGGAAGAAUUCUUCUAUCAACCUAACUACCACCUUUUGGAGAGGUGGAUUCACUACCUCAGUGGAAGAACCCCUUCUGUAGCUGUAGUGUGUGUCUACACUGCAGCACAGCUGCAGCGUGGACGUUCUGCUGCGGUAGUGUUUCCAGUGUAGACACACCCUGAGAUGUUCAUGGAAUCACUUGCUUCCAGGAGCUGGGGCUUUGAAGAAAGUCACCAAAUAUCAUGAGACCUGGUAAUAAAACUGCAAGCGUUGGCAACCACGCAAACUAGACAAAAGGCACUAGUGCUCCUUGGCCAAGAUUUUCUGCAAAGUCUUUAUGAAUAUGGUUAACAUUAUGCACUGUGAGGAGUCCUGCAGUGGGUUUUAACAAUAUAUAACUUUAACAAUAUAACAUAUAUUUAAUAUAUUAAUAUAUAACUUUAACAAUAUAUAAAGUUAACCAUACGCAUAAGCAUGUCCAUAACUCUUUGAAGGAUUGGGGCUUGAAAGGCCUAAACUUAUUCUCGCUCUUUUUUCUUUAAAUCUUAGCCUUUAGGGACAAUGAGGGAGAUUUGCACAGCUACAGAUGGCAUUUAGGCAAUGAGAGUUGGGUGCCUAACUCCCGUUUGUGCCUGUGAAAGAUUCUAGGCCGAAUGUUCGAAAGCACCCAAGUCUGUUUGCAAAAGUCACAGAUGCGUGUAGGAGCCUAAAUCUCAUAGAAAGUCAAUAACAAUCCUCAUCCGAGUUCUUAGCCAGCCCUUCUUACCAGAAGAGAUUCAAGUGCUUUGCAAAGGAGGUCAGUAUCAGUGUCCCCAUUUCACAGGUGGAGAAACUGACACACAGAGUGGGGAUGUGAUUUGAAAAGUCACCCAACAGGGUAGUGAUAGAGUUAGGAAUAGAACCCAGGUCUCCUGAGCCCUGGUCUACACUAGGACUUUAGGUCGAAUUUAGCAGCGUUAAAUCGAUUUAAACCUGCACCCGUCCACACAAUGAAGCCCUUUAUUUCGACUUAAAGGGCUCUUAAAAUCGAUUUCCUUACUCCACCCCUGACAAGUGGAUUAGCGCUUAAAUCGAUGUUGCCGGCUCGAAUUUGGGGUACUGUGGACACAAUUCAAUGGUAUUGGCCUCCGGGAGCUAUCCCAGAGUGCUCCAUUCUGACCGCUCUGGACAGCACUCUCAACUCAGAUGCACUGGCCAGGUAGACAGGAAAAGAACCGCGAACUUUUGAAUCUCAUUUCCUGUUUGGCCAGCGUGGCAAGCUGCAGGUGACCAUGCAGAGCUCAUCAGCACAGGUGACCAUGAUGGAGUCCCAGAAUCGCAAAAGAGCUCCAGCAUGGACCGAACGGGAGGUACGGGAUCUGAUCGCUGUUUGGGGAGAGGAAUCCGUGCUAUCAGAACUCCGUUCCAGUUUUCGAAAUGCCAAAACCUUUCUGAAAAUCUCCCAGGGCAUGAAGGACAGAGGCCAUAACAGGGACCCGAAGCACUGCCGCGUGAAACUGAAGGAGCUGAGGCAAGCCUACCAGAAAACCAGAGAGGCGAACAGCCGCUCUGGGUCAGAGCCCCAAACAUGCCGCUUCUAUGAUGAGCUGCAUGCCAUUUUAGGGGGUUCAGCCACCACUACCCCAGCCGUGUUGUUUGACUCCUUCAAUGGAGAUGGAGGCAAUACGGAAGUAGGUUUUGGGGACGAAGAAGAUGAUGAUGAUGAUGAGGUUGUAGAUAGCUCACAGCAAGCAAGCGGAGAAACCGGUUUUCCCGACAGCCAGGAACUGUUUCUCACCCUAGACCUGGAGCCAGUACCCCCCGAACCCACCCAAGGCUGCCUCCUGGACCCAGCAGGCGGAGAAGGGACCUCUGCUGCAUGUGUUUCAAUGAUCACAGGAUCUUCUCCUUCCCAGAGGCUAGUGAAGCUUAGAAAGAAAAAAAAACGCACUCGCGAUGAAAUGUUCUCCGAGCUCAUGCUGUCCUCCCACACUGACAGAGCACAGACGAAUGCGUGGAGGCAAAUAAUGUCAGAGUGCAGGAAAGCACAAAAUGACCGGGAGGAGAGGUGGAGGGCUGAAGAGAGUAAGUGGCGGGCUGAAGACAGGGCUGAAGCUCAAAGGUGGCGGCAGCGUGAUGAGAGGAGGCAGGAUUCAAUGCUGAGGCUGCUGCAGGACCAAACCAGUAUGCUCCAGUGUAUGGUUGAGCUGCAGCAAAGGCAGCUGGAGCACAGACUGCCACUGCUGCCCCUCUGUAACCAACCGCCCUCCUCCCCAAGUUCCAUAGUCUCCACACCCAGACGCCCAAGAACGCGGUGGGGGGCCUCCGGCCAACCAGCCACUCCACCACAGAGGAUUGCCCAAAAAAAAAGAAGGCUGUCAUUCAAUAAAUUUUAAAGUUGUAAACUUUUAAAGUGCUGUGCUUAAAGUGCUGUGUGGCAUUUUCCUUCCCUCCUCCACCACCCCUCCUGGGAUACCUUGGUAGUCAUCUCCCUAUUUGUGUGAUGAAUGAAUAAC